UUAGUGUGGCGGGCGCGGCCAUAUUGGCAGUACGCGAAAGUGUAAAACGGUUUGUGUGUAAGUGAGGUGAAAUUCUAUCCAAAAUCAUCCGAAAAUGUCUGAAAGGGAGGAUAACGUUUACAAGGCAAAAUUAGCCGAACAAGCUGAGCGAUACGAUGAGAUGGUCGAGGCCAUGAAGAAGGUGGCCAAGCUGGACCUGGAGCUGACCGUCGAGGAGAGGAACCUGCUCUCCGUCGCCUACAAGAACGUGAUCGGGGCCAGGAGGGCGUCGUGGCGCAUCAUCUCCUCCAUCGAGCAGAAGGAGGAGUCUAAGGGCAUCGACGAUAAGCUGGAGAUGAUCCGCCAGUACAGGUCGCAGGUGGAGAAGGAGCUCAGGGACAUCUGUUCGGACAUUCUCAGCGUGCUCGACAAGCACCUGAUCCCCGCCGCCUCCACGGGCGAGUCCAAGGUCUUCUAUUACAAAAUGAAGGGCGACUACCACCGGUACCUCGCCGAGUUCGCGACGGGCAACGACCGCAAGGACGCCGCCGAGCACUCCCUGGUGGCGUACAAGUCCGCCAGCGACAUCGCCAUGACCGAGCUGCCACCCACCCACCCCAUCAGGCUCGGGCUGGCGCUCAACUUCUCCGUCUUCUACUACGAGAUCCUGAACAGCCCGGACAGGGCGUGCCGUCUGGCCAAGGCCGCCUUCGACGACGCCAUCGCCGAGCUGGACACCCUCAGCGAGGAGAGCUACAAGGACAGCACGCUCAUCAUGCAACUGUUGAGGGACAACCUCACGCUGUGGACGAGCGACAUGCAGGGUGACGGGGAGGCGGAACCGAAAGAACAGCUACAAGACGUAGAGGACCAAGACGUAUCAUAACUUUGAAGCGUUGCAGUUGGCAAUAUAUAUUGAACUGUUGAGUGCUGUGUAGUGCGGGGCAUUGCCCAGACAUUGUAAAAGGGGCGGGGCGAGUGGUACCUUGCCCCCCAACCCUGGUACAUACUGUAUUAUUAUUAUUACUAGCUGUAACAAUAUAUUCUGUAACUGUUUUGUCUCUCCUGUGUGACUGCGAUCGAGUGACUGCGCCACUUCCGACGACACGGGCCGGUCCCCCCCUCCCCGAGAGGUCCGCCCGUGUCCUCGGAAAUUUCAUUUGAAUGCCCUAGAAUCUUCGCUUAGGUAUUUAACGUUGGAUUUUUUGUAUUUUUAUCUUUAAAUAAAAUUGUCAAGUAUUUAAUGAUUUGUUACCAGUCGGGUCCGUUCCUCGGGCACGACGCCCGCGCCCGGGGAACGCCUUUGUGUAUAAAUUUUAUAUAGUAGGCGUACUUGAGUUCUUACCAACCUCUGACCAAUCUUUCGAAGCGGGACGGGCCAUUCCGUCUCUUUUUUAAAUUAGUGGAUACGCUUAGAGACGAUCUUCUGCCUUGUCGUACUCUCGUAGACUUUAUAGUUUGUAUAUUUUAUGGAAGUUGUCGUUUCUCUUUCAAUUUUCGUUUCGGUAUGGAUACAGCAGUAUUUUUCUUAAAAAAACACGCAUAGGUCCGUACAAAGUAGCAUUCCGUUUAUGUGCAUUUUCGAGUACUUAAUGUGGUUGAGGGUCGGUUUGCGUGCGGACGGUACUGGCAAAGCAAUAAACUUGGAAUCCUCACACACGAUAGAAUCCGAACUUGACAAUCCUCACCAGCAGCUGCUGCUCCCGACACCACGCAGGCCGGCCGCCGAUUUUGCUGUUACAUCACUGUUUUCUUGCGAUCGCGCCAGGUCUUCUGGAAGCUGGCAGCUUGGUUACUUAGUCCGUCGGUACUUAGGCGUCUAGAAAAACACUGCCAGGAUGUCCGGACGUCUCUCUCCGGGAGACGGGCAAAACUGCGCUUUGGCGACACUUACGAGUUGGGGUUUCUGGCCGGUUUUUUUUUUACAAGACUUUGCAAGUUCUCGCUGUUGGAUUUUAAUUUUAUUUGUAUUUUUGCAUUUUUUAUUGUGCGUAUGGAUGUAAACAGUGCUGUGUAGAUUGAUAUAAAAAUUUGAUGUAUUAUUAUAAAAAUAUUUGAAAUUGGCA